AUAAUUCUUGGCAGCGAUUUCAACGGCAACGCUCUAAGUCUAUCGUAUCUGUGUCUCAUCUCAUUUGUUCUUCCAUCUGUGGCGGAAAUCACUGUCCGCCGGUUGGCUCCUGCCAUGCGAGACUAUCGUCCCCAUGCACGGUAGGUGUUUGAUAAUUUGACCCAGUGCCAGUGGCCUCCUAAACUUUUUUUCAUUCUGGAAUCCACCAAUUGCGAUGAACUUUAGCCGCCUCUCGCGAGCUUUAAACCACUGUAGCAUUAUAACACAGCAGACUCGUUUCUUUGUUCGCGACCCAUUUCCCAACAAGCUUACCCAUUACCUCCGUCGAGCUGAAUUUAUCGACUCAAUUCGACUCUGUCUCCGUUCGAAAUCUUCCAAUUCCCUCCCCGACCUCCUUAACAGCCGUCUUUUAGACCCUUUUGUGGUCACUCAUGCUCUCCGCUCUGCUCCCAAUGUAGAGUCGGCGCUUUUCCUUUUUGAAUCCCUUAAAACUUUCCCUCAUUUCGUGCAUACUCAAUCUAGCCUUCUUGCGCUGGCCACAGUUCUAGCCAGGUCCGGCAGGACUUUGGAGCUGAGGUCCCUGAUUAGCGAGAUUAAGGCAGGCAGAUAUCAUAAUGCUCGCGUUAGCUUUAUGGACCUUAUGCAGUGGUAUGCUGCCACUGGAGAUGCAGAGGCAGUUUUAGAUACCUGGGAGGAGUAUAGACGCAGUGUUAACCGUGUGUGUACUGAGUGUUACAACAUUGUUAUGAGUCUGUACGCUCAAAUUGGCAAGGAUUUGGAAUCUGUAGAGAUUUUUUACAGGAUGAUUGAUGAAGGGGCAAUUCCGAAUUCUAGAACUUACACGGUUAUGAUUGAGCAUCUUAUUAGUUCAGGGCAAUUGGAUGCGGCAAUUGAGAUUUUUGGUAAAUUGCCGUUGAUGAGAAUCAAAAGGACUUCGAAGCAGUAUUCAGUUUUGGUGAAAGGAUUUGUGGGUGCCCAGAGGUUUGACAUGGUCAAAACUUUGCUUAAUGAAAUGCGGAUUGAUGGGAAAUUUCCUGGUGGCGCCAUGCGUACAGCUUUGCAGCAUAUGUAUGAGGCAGGAUUUUCCCUGGAGACGGAGGAGUUUCUUAGAGAAAUGUUUCCUGAUGAGAGAAUAAAGAGUAUAGGAUCUUGUACAGAUGGUAGUGAUGAGGAUGAUGAUGAGGAUGUUAGCCAUGGAUAUGUUCACACUGAUGCUAAUGAAGUUAGGUUAAAACCAUGGUUGGACCCAAAAGCUUUGGCAAAUGCUUUGAAUCAAUGGAGCCCUGAGGUGGUGUCCACAUUGGAGGGUGCAAAAUUUGUGUGGACGACUCGGUUGGUUUGCAAGGUUCUUAGGAACUUUAGAUCGCCUGAAACAGCUUGGGAUUUUUUCUGUUGGGUUGCUUAUCAGCCAGGAUUCACUCAUGAUGUUUAUACAGUUCAAAGGAUGAUUACAAUUUUGGCACGUCAUGGGAAGGUUGAAUUAGUUGAUAAAUUGAUAAACAAAAUAAGAUGCGAGGGAAUGAGAUUACCUUUUAGCACCAUCAGAUUGAUCAUCGACUUCUAUGGUGUUUCAAAGAAUGCUGAUGCUGCAUUGAAGGUCUUCCAUGAUGACAGACCAAUCUGUGGUUCCAUAACAAAAUUUAAUCUGAUGCUUUUGUAUUCAUCUCUGCUGCGAACAUUGACCAAGUGCAAUAGAAAUUCUGAUGCCGUUGAUGUGCUUGAAGAGAUGAUUUUAAAUGAUAUAUGCCCAGAUAUCCAGACAUUUUCUGGGUUGAUGUAUCACUUUGCAUUGCAGGGAGAUAUUAAAACUGUGCAGAAAUUAUUUACGAUGGUUAGGCAGAGUGGUGUGGAGCCAGAUGCUUAUAUGUUCAAAGUACUGAUCCAGGCUUAUUGCAAAUGUGAGAGAGCUGCUCUUGCAUGGAGGGUUUUUGAAGACAUGAAGAACUUGAAUUUGAUGCCUGAUACUGCUACAACAGAUUUGCUUGUGAAGAGUCUUUGGAAAGAAGGCAAGCGAAAAGAGGCUGCCAUUGUGGAAGAAAGUUGUGAGGAAAACAACAAUGUCCUUCCUCUUGUUUUACGAGGUCAUAUAUGGACAGUGAGUUCUGCAGAUCUCACAAGAGUGUAUGAUAUCUACUCCAAAAGUUUCAUGUCAACCACUGGCUAGAAUUUCCCAUUAACUUGGGUAAUGAGGAAUGCCGCUCAAAAUGGUGAUGUGAAUUGACAUAAUCAUUUGAUUGGGUCGCGCAUCAACUAGACCUGAAAUCUUUUUCAUUUGGCUAUUUGUCUUCUUGGUUGUCGUCCUUUCUGGUUUAUCUUGAUGCAGGGAUUAACCAACUUUGAUUGUUUAUUUCCAAGAAGCCAGUGUGUGGGCACUUUUGGGCAACUAGAGUUCCUCACAUAAAAAAAUGAUGCUAGCACAUCACACAUCCUUGUUAAAGGUAAUCAAGUGCAGAAACAAUUAUAAAUUCUUUCUCUUUAGGCAAUCCCCUGGAGGAGCUUUCGAGUUGGUUGUUUCCUAGAGAUUGGCUCGCUGACUUUGUAAUAUAGAAUUGCAAGGAAAAACAACUUCUUGCCGUCCCAACUUGGGUUGUUUUAUUAAACUAAUAUGAUUCUUAACAGAAGAAUAUUUAUUUCCAAAAAAUGAAUAGUACAGGAGUUUGUUGCUUUUGUUUUUCUUUUGUGUAUCAAUGCGACAGAAUCAUAAAGAAUUGUCAUGUGUA